GCCCUAGCGUUCUCCGUUCCCGGUAAUCAACCAACCGUCGCCCGGGCGGCUUUCGUGCUGUGGCGGCGGCGGAGGCGGAGGCGAGGCGGAACGGGUUGGUGAGUAGUUGGCAUGAGCGAGCAAUAACCCGCCGCGGGUGUCUUGCAUUCUACGGUUUACAUCUUAUCUUUUUCGGCUUUCUUUGAUAUAUUGGAUGCCGGAAUUAGUUGAAAAAGAUGGGUUUUGGCCGGCGAUUUGGAGCGGCCGAGUAGAAGCCCUUUCACGGUUCUAAAUAUUCGACACGUCCAUGCACCGAGCCGCAGUUCCGUGCGCUAAUUUGCCCAAAAAUUGGCCUUUCUAAACUUUUUCUUGAUCUUUCCUUAGUGAGUGGCUGAUCAUGAAUCAUGUUUCUGAACCCUUGCGCUGUAAAGCUGGGGAUCCCCAAACAACUGACAUAGUAAUUGUAUGAAUGCAGUCCAGGCGAUAGCCCAGGCGCUUAGGCGGUUUGUAGAAUAAGCUUUAGCCAUGUCUCUUACCGGCAAAAUCUUCUUCCAAAAGACAUAUUAUGAGGUCUUGUCAGUCAAAGAAGAUGCGAGUUAUGAUGAGAUCAAAGUAAGUUACAAAUCCGCCCUUCUAAAUUCUCAUCCUGAUAAGCUGCACAAGAAAUAUGAUGCAUCUAGGGAUCAUCAUGAGCUAGAUUUCCUAGAGGUGCAGAAGGCAUGGGAAGUCCUUUCGGAUUCCAAGUCUAGGGCAAACUAUAACAAGGAGUUGCAAGCUUCGAGGCUGGAACUGGAGAUUCCGGCCAAUGAAGUUGAAUUGGGGGAUAUGUCUGUUAAGACCGUCGGUGAUCUGCAGGAGCUCUUCUACGAAUGUAGAUGCGGUGACUAUUUCUCAAUCACCUCAUUGGAGCUCAGAGAGAUGGGCAUUUUAUUGGAUAUGGAGAGUGUGCAUUUAUCUGUUGAUUCAAAGCCAGCUUCAGUUCUCAUUCCUUGUGGCUCUUGUUCACUGAAGAUUCGUCUAAGUAUAGAUCACAGUCCUUGAAUGCUGUUAGCUUCUAUUGCCUUGCAAAGAACAUCUCUUCCUCUGCUCUUCCACUUUUCCUAUGUGUUUCUCUCUCAUUUUUCUUUCCCACAAUUUACAUGUUUCAUAAUCUUGAGAGAUAAGAUGAGCUUUUGUAUCCAAAACUGAGAUUUUUAGUCUUUUAUAUUAAAUGA